AGGAGAAAUAAGAGGCCCUGAGGGGGUUGUGAAGAGAGACAGGAUUUUAGAAACAGAGUAAUAUUAUUAACCAGGCAAGGGCCUGGGUCUGUUUGGAGGUGUAACGUAACUGCUGAAAAGAGCAGGAGUGAGAGAUUGUGAAGGGAUGGGUCGCUACACUGGGAACUCAUGCCGUUUGAUCGUCCUCUCAACCCUGACCCUGGCCCUGUUCCUGGUAGAACUGGUGAUCGGCUACAUGGGGAAUGCUGUGACCCUGACCUCAGACGCCUUCAGCGUGUUCUCCCACCUGCUCUCCAUGAUAAUUGGCUUCUCUGGCGUGCACCUGAGCCACGUGCGCCGCCAUCGCAGGUUCACUUUUGGGUUGACGCGUGCCGAGGUGCUGGGUGCCUUCUGCAAUGCCGUCCUGGCCACCGCGUUCAUGUUCACUGUGCUGGCGGCAUCCUGCAGCCGGCUGGUGAGGGCGCGGAGCAUGAACAACGUGGGCCUGGUCCUCAUCAUGGGCGUCGUGGGGCUGGCAUUCAACAUCAUCUCCUACACCGUCUUCAUGGGCUGCUGCUGGCCCUGCAAGCACCCAGGGAGCCAGGAGACAAGCACUGCAGUGCCACAGGGAACAGGUCUGUCAAGCCAUGAGACAGCAGCUCAGUGGCUGGUCAAUGCUGUCUCAGUAUCUUUUCUGAAGCCAUUGGACACACUGACAGAGGUCUGGCCCCCAGUAUCACCAGGGUCAUCCUUCAGUGAGAAAGAUGAUAAAAUAUCAGACUUCAACUGCAGUAACAGAAGUGGGCCUGUGCCGGGGGAGAAGGCACAGCAACCGGCUGACGCUGUGGACAGACUAACAGUUCCUGCAGUGCUGAGCAACAGUGCUCCAGACAAUCCCGGCAAGAGGAAGCAGAGUCAGACAGCGGCACUCAAUAUCAGGGGUGUUCUCCUCCAUGUCAUGGGGGAUGCCCUGGGCUCGGUAGUGGUGGUGGUGGCUGCCUCUCUCUUCUACGCCAUGCCUCUCCCCCCGGACGCCCCCUGUAACUGGCAGUGCUACGUGGAUCCCAGUCUCACCAUUAUCAUGGUGAUCAUCAUUCUGUCCUCCGCAUUCCCACUUGUUAAAGAGACCACCGCCAUCCUGCUGCAGAUGGUGCCCCGUGGUCUGCGAGUGGAUCACAUCAGGGAGGUUCUGGCCCAGGUCCCGGGCGUGCUCAGUAUCCACGAGCUGCACAUCUGGGAGCUGGCAGCGGGCCGAAACAUUGCCACGCUGCACCUCAAGUGCGGCGACUCAGGGGUCUUCCAGGGGGUGUCCCAGCAGGUGCGAGAGAUCUUCCAUAAUGCAGGGGUGCACGCCGUCACCAUCCAGCCCGAAUACACCAAAAAGGACCAGGACCUCCUGGCCUGCAACGCCCCCUGUCUGUCGGAGGACUGCCGGACACUGGGCUGCUGCAACGCCACUCAACCCAGCACUAACGCAGAGAGACAUGACGAGCUGGGCAUCGCCAUCCUGCCAGAGCACUGCCCCUCACAGUACAGCAGAGACAAUGUGGUGCUCAAGGUCACACAGUUAUAGACCAGUUAUAGUGACAACAUGACUGUGACACUGAGCAGAUAACCUGAAUCACAGCUGGCAGUGGUGGCAAGCAAACUCCUGCAAUCCUGGGACAGUUUGCUGUUUCUGUUUUAUUUUCUGUUUGGUUAUUUGUACAGAUAGUACUGUGUGGAGAUGGUCUUUUUCUUUGUCCAGGUUUAAAUUAGGCUCUAUUGUACUCAGAUACUCCUGCAGUUUACGUUAAUGAAUUCUGUAUAAAGAUGAAUGUUUGUAACAUUACCUUUGCAGGGUAACUUACUGUAUUUGCUAGAAACUUAACCAAACUUUUUAGUUCUUUGGCUAUUGUUGUUGUUUAGUCACGUAAGUAAAUGAAUAAUGUAGUUGAAAGAAGGCAACAAUGAUGUGAAGUCUCUGGUCUCCCCCACACUUCUCACUGGCUCAAUAGAGAGGUUGUAAAGGGGAGUCUAAGCCUUCCUUUGAUCUACCAGCUCAAGCAGGGAAAAAAAACGUUACCACUGUAUAUUUGCAAAGUAAUUUCGCUGUUGAGAUAAUGAAGAUACAGUCAGCACUCACAUAUCAGGCCCUAUAAAAUGUUGACUUCAGUGACAGUUAAACGAGUGUGACGCAUAUCUGAUUAUUUCAUCUGAUUUGACGUGUAUGUAGGUGAGCACGCUGUAACCUGCCCCCUACCACCCAAACAACCCCCUGCCCUGCACACACACACACACACACACACACACAUUUCAUACAGAAAGAAAAAAACAUGACUUAGGUUUGAGGAACUGUACAGGGAGAAAUAUAUUGUAGCGCGCAUUGUUCUUUUCUUUGGCACUGUUGCCAUUUUCUUUUUCUUAUUUUUUUCUUAUAUCUGACAUCACAAGAGAUGGAUCAUGAUGAUGGUAGAUCGUUCAUGGAAGAUUUGAUUCAGCAGGGUCAAGGUAGGAUAUUUACAGCAGUUUGUAUCGAAUGUUUAACUAUUUGAGGACAGUCCUCCUGUUUUGUUUUCCAUCUUGAGGGGUCUUUCAUUGAAAUUUGUUAGCGCACGAGUUGGGUGAAUAGCACAGCAGUAAAAGACAAAAACUUGUCUGUUUUUUCAGGGAACACAAAAAAAGAUACAAUGUCAAAAAUACAUAGCUGAAAGGACUGUGUUUUAAAAUAAGUAGGCUUCCAUUUAGAUAUAUUGUAGUUAGUUUUGUUGGUACAGUACUAUAUUUUCAACAGAAGUAUUUUAAUUCAGUAUCACUUGCCAAAAGAGACGACACGUGGACUGUAAUACAGUACAUAAUUUUAAAUCCGGUAGGUAUUGUAGCAGUAUGUAAAAUUCACCAUUAACUACUCAACAGCAAAAUUAAAUCAAAAAAUGUUACCCAUACACGGAACCGCGUAAAACGUAAAAAAGCAAUACAAUUUAGCAAAAGUUUCUAGAAUUAAAACAGUAUCCAAAGUCAGUAUUCAAAAUUGCACAAUACAGUGCUCGAUAAGGCCCUAAUGUCACAGUUCACGUGCAAAUGAAAAUGCACAAAAGCAACUAAAGAUCACAGAUUUAAAAAAAUACAUCGCAGUAUCUAAAACUGUUUAUUGAUUAACUGUUUUACGUUACUGUAGCUUGUCUCGUUCGCUUUGUGUUGGCUGCAUUUUCGUCAGGUGUUACUGGAGGAAGCGCUGUGUAAAUGCACAAUAAAGAAUGAUUUGGCAUGCGAAAAUAAAAACACGGGCUGUAACGGAUAAUUAAAUUAAUUGUAACACUGAAGAGAUGCGCUUUGUUUCAGAAAACCAGUGACGGAGUCGGAAAUCGCCUGUGACUGGUAAGUGCAUUCAUUAAUAUGGAUUGAUUUUAUUCUUAAUACAAGAGCGAUAAAACGCGACUGACGUGUAUCUGGGUAACGGAUAUCCAAGUGCUGACUGUAUCGUGUUUUAAAAUGAAAAUAACUAUAACAAAUGUUAUGUUUAACCAAUUGGAGUCCAUGAUGCGUAUCAAAUAUCUAUUUUUUUUAGCUUAACUAGUUUAAGACAGCAUUUAAGGAGUUUUUUUUUAAAAACAUGAAUUUGUUAGUUAUUAUCCUUCUGUUUCUUCUCCUGAUCCGUUUCUAAUUACUCUGUGUACAAGUGCUGAUUUCAGUAAAAAAAAAAAAAAAAAAAAUCUGUUUUGCAUUCUGUAUUAUUAGCAGUGUGGAGUAGUGGUUAGGGCUCUGGACUCUUGACCGGAGGGUCGUGGGUUCAAUCCCAGUUGGGGGACACUGCUGCUGUACCCUUGAGCAAGGUACUUUUACCUAGAUUGCUCCAGUAAAAACCCAAACCGUAUAAAUGGGUAAUUGUAUGUAAAAAUAAUGUGUAAAAAAUAAUGUAAUUGUAUGUAAAAAUAUUGUGAUAUCUUGUAACAAUUGUAAGUCGCCCUGGAUAAGGGCAUUUGCUAAUAAAUAAAUAAAUAAUAAUAAUAAUAAUAUUGAUAAUCCUUUAUUUUAAACUAUAUUACUGUUUCGUGUCUUGUGAUUAGAUUGGCUACAUCUGUUAUACGGUGCUAUGUAUUAAAUGUGGUUGCAUUUUACCAACUAGACUGUUUCUCUGUGUACUGGGGU